AAAAUUUUGAAUAAUAAAAAAAAAAAAGUUCCCAAAGAAUCUUUUCCGGAUACAGUAGUAUAGUUGGAGUAGUAUACAGCCUGCAGUUUGCCUAUAAACUCGUGGGUUUGGUCUUCUCCCUCUCAUCAAACGCAACUCCUCCGAUCGAACUCUUCGAAACAGAGAGUGAGAAAGAAACUCAAACAGCCAUGGCAGACACACUGGCUGCUUUGAGGUCUUUGAUGGCUUCUCACUCUCCCCCCCUCGAUGCCUUGGUCGUACCCUCCGAAGAUUAUCAUCAGAGUGAAUACGUAUCGGAACGGGACAAAAGGCGUCAAUUCGUAUCUGGAUUCUCCGGAAGCGCUGGUUUGGCGCUUGUUACAACGAAGGAAGCACUACUCUGGACCGAUGGUAGGUACUUUUUGCAGGCAGCGCAGGAACUAAGUGACCAGUGGAAGCUCAUGCGCAUGGGAGAAGACCCGGCUGUGGAUGUCUGGAUGGCAGAUAAUCUGCCAAGGGAUGCAGCUAUUGGUAUCGAUCCUUGGUGUGUAUCAGUAGACACUGCGCACAAAUGGGAGCAUGCGUUUUCCAAAAAGCAACAGAAGUUGGUUCAAACAAGUACGAAUUUGGUUGAUGAAGUUUGGAAAAACCGGCCACCGGCUCAAAAUAAUCCUGUGAAUGUCCAUCCACUGGAAUUUGCUGGCUGUACUGUUGCAAACAAGUUAAAGAAUCUCAGACAAAAGCUCAAGGAGGAGGGAGCUCGUGCCAUUGUUAUCACAACACUUGAUGAGGUUGCCUGGUUGUAUAACAUCCGUGGGAACGAUGUUUCCUAUUGUCCAGUUGUACAUGCUUUUGCAAUAGUCACAUCUUUCUCAGCUUUCUUUUAUGUAGACAAGCAAAAGUUGUCUUCUGAGGUAAACUCUUACUUGGAGCAAAAUGGAAUUGAAGUACGGGAUUAUGGUGUAGUGAGCUCUGAUGUGGUCCUGCUUGCAUCUAAUCAACUCACUUCUACCUCUUCAGCUAAUCAAACUCUAGCUGAUGGCCCAAAGGACAUGGAAACAGGGAAUGGUACAAAUGAGGCAGAUGAGAAAACUCAUAACCUCAUCUGGAUUGACCCUGGUUCAUGCUGCUUUGCUUUGUGUUCGAAACUGAAUUCUGAUCAGGUUCUCCUGAAGCAAUCACCUUUGCCUCUAGCAAAAGCUAUCAAGAACCCUGUGGAGUUGGAUGGGUUAAAAAACGCGCACAUAAGGGAUGGUGCAGCUGUCGUGCAAUAUCUUGUCUGGCUGGAUAAACAGAUGCAAGAAAUUUAUGGGGCUUCUGGUUACUUCAUGGAAGCAGAGAGUACGAGCAAGAAAAAUCAUCUGGAAACGACGAAGUUGACAGAAGUAACUGCAAGUGAUAAGCUAGAGGGAUUCCGUGCAUCAAAGGAGCAUUUUAGAGGGUUGAGUUUUCCUACUAUUUCAUCUGUUGGUCCCAAUGCGGCAAUUAUCCAUUAUCAACCGGAUGCAAAAACAUGUUCAGAACUUGAUGCCGAUAGCAUCUAUCUAUUUGAUUCAGGAGCUCAGUAUCUAGAUGGAACAACUGAUAUAACACGGACAGUUCAUUUUGGAAAACCUUCAGCGCAUGAGAAAUCAUGUUAUACUGCGGUUCUCAGGGGUCAUAUUGCAUUGGGUAAUGCUCGCUUUCCAAAUGGAACAAAUGGGCAUGCUCUUGACAUUCUUGCUCGAAUUCCUUUAUGGAAAGAUGGGCUUGAUUAUCGACAUGGUACCGGCCAUGGGGUUGGGUCUUACUUAAAUGUCCAUGAAGGUCCUCAUUUAAUUAGUUUCAGACCGCAUGCUAGGAAUGUUCCAUUAAAAGCUUCAAUGACUGUGACAGAUGAACCUGGCUAUUACGAGGACGGGAACUUUGGUAUCAGAUUGGAAAACGUGCUGAUAGUCAAGGAGGCUGAUACAAAGUUCAAUUUUGGUGACAAGGGCUUCUUAUCUUUUGAGCAUAUAACAUGGGCACCGUACCAGAAAAAGCUGAUUGACUUGAGCCUCUUAACGCCUGAAGAAAUAGAUUGGAUCAACACAUACCAUUCAAAUUGUAGAGAAAUCCUGGCCUCGUAUUUAGAUGAUACUGAAACGGCAUGGCUGAAGAAAGCAACUGAACCUAUAAGUGCCUGAGUGGUUCUCUCUGUUCUUGGCAGUUAAAUCCCCAAACCACCAAUCUACCACUCUUUUCAGUCUUCUCCUUUUUGACAUAAUGCUUUGCUAGUUUGUUGGUUUGCCUUCAUAUUGAGUCAUUACCUCCCAUUCUUUUUAUAUCCCCUCUUGCUUUGGGGCAUCACUGGAUGGCUCACAUUCUCAUACUUGAGAUGCCUGUCUCUUUUAUUUUUCUUUAUUUCAGUUUACGAUUGUUUGUGCUUUUAAUUAGACAUUUGUUCAGUGGUGCCGUUGCGCAUGAAUAAAUUAUUAGAUUGAAGAUCGA